AUGAAAGAGAAAGUUGGAAACAUAUUACAACCGUCAGUAGAUUGUGCUGAAAUUAUGGCGAUACUAGAGCCGUGUUGGCAUAUUUUCAACUUUGUCCUAGAGCACGAACUACGACCGAAGAUCCAGGCCCUGAUUCCGUGGAGAACACCGAGAUCUUCACCUCCUGUACUUGUCCAUAUCCUCGAGGGACCCGUCGAAGCAUCCGGAGCCGCUGCCUAUCCAUGUUGGGUCUCACACCAACUCCGAAGAAGUAGUCACAAGUACAACCACUGCGACUAUAGCAUCCGGCUGUUUCUUGGCCAUUUCUUGCGCUGUCUCGGAGAGGUGAAUGCAAAGAUUGAGUGGUUUGCGGUGGACGCGAAGCCGCUCCUACUCUUCCACUGGUACAGCAAUCCACUUCAGCUAAAGGUACGGCAUAGUGUCUUUAGCAUCACGACCAGGUCGGGUGAAGAGUACAUUGCAGACUUCACAAUCGAACAAUUUGGCUACCCCAGCACGAUGUGGUUCAUGGAGAAGAAGGAGUAUGUUGAGAAUUGUACGACAGGGCAAAAGAUGAGGCAGCCAUGCGAGGACGAGGUUGCCAGUGCGAUGAAAGGGGAGAUUGAGAUGACACGCAAAGUGGAGGUUGUCAGGGAACUGUGCCGAGAGUUAGAUUUCAGAAGGUGGAGGCGAUGGGAUGAGAACGCCCGGGUAACGUGGUUGGAAGAGCGGGUGCAAGAAGCGUUGAAGAGGAGACGAGAAGGGGGGGGGGCAAGCUGUAUUGAUAGUGAGUGUGAUGGAUAG